AUGAAAAGCCAUUUGUUGAUAGAACUACUAUCAUUACCUAAAGAUCUAGAAGCAUCAACGAGCUUUAACACAAGCGAUAUUGGAGCAAUCCAAAAAAAUUAUGCAGGAAAAGUUCAAUUGCAUUUAGACAGUAUUGCAAAGACAAUACAAAUUUACAAGGAAGUUUAUUAUUUAAGAGGGGCUGUAGGAUUUAGUGGUCAAGACCGGUGGGGCUUAAGAGUGACUGCAGGCCACUAUAAGGCGUUUGCUUAUAGAUCUUAUGGGAAGUUUAUGAUGACCUAA